CCGCUGACACUUUCCCCAAACCGGAGCUUUGACUCUCAAAGACAAGACAACCAGUCGGAGGACGAAGCGAUACUCGAGAGAUAGGGGUUGUUCGCACCGUUUCUGCUCACAGUCUCUCCCACGGACUCUUAUCUAAGCGCAGAGGAAACUUCUGUUGCGCGGUUGGUAAAUAACUCCAGCGCGCCCGUUGACGUCAGUCUCCACAUUCUCACCGAGAGGAACCGGGGUUGCCCAAUCCUCAGGACGUGCGCCUUGUGCAGCUGGGACAAAACGACUCACUGGUUGCAACCAACAUGUGGUCAGUUUUUAAAUCAGCAUAAAUCUGGUUUAAAACGGGAGAAAACUCAGAACGCACUAGCGAGCGCGUGACUGAAGAAGAGUGUCAGAGGCGGGGUAGUUGUCUUAGAGCUGUUUGAGGCUUUUUAAAUGAUUGUUUCCAAUUCAGGAAACAGAAUCAGCUCGUUUUUGAUCCUGAGAGCCAGACGCGGAGUUUCCAGAGAGGUUGCAGUCUGAAGAACAUGCAGCGUGUUUAUGGAUCGUUGCGCAGCCAGGGACACCGGGAGUUGUAAGCUCUGCUGUGGCUCAUUUAUCAUGUUGAUGCCCCGCUGCUGCUGCUGCUCCUCCUGCUGCUGUAAACUUUGAUGUUUGAACGAAGUAUUUAGUAACAUCAUCAGACUGACGUUCUGACGCUCACAUAAGCUCGGACUGAUCUCUGAGGAAGGUGGGAAAAGCCUUUUUGUCCUCCCUCAUUUCACAUUUUCAAGACAUCAGGACGGAUCUCUAACGCGCACGCUGACCUUUUCCGUGAUUUUAACAAAGAUCAAGUGUUUGGGGAUAGCAUGGCAAUGGUAGUAAGCCAGUGGCCGGAGAACAUUUCUGCUGAUCCGGGGUCACAGCUCCAGAUGUGUGGCCAGGAGCCCGGUGGGGGACCGGGGACUCCCAACGGUUCCACCCCGGGUAACGACGCUCUUUCCGGGGACAAGAUCCCCAACGUGGACUGCAUGGUGUGUGGGGACAAGUCCAGUGGGAAGCAUUACGGCCAGUUCACCUGCGAAGGAUGCAAAAGCUUCUUUAAGCGCUCGGUGCGGCGGAACCUCACGUACACCUGCCGGGGGAACCGAGACUGUCCCAUCGACCAGCACCACCGUAACCAGUGUCAGUACUGCCGGUUGAAGAAGUGUCUAAAAGUCGGCAUGAGGAGAGAAGCUGUUCAGCGAGGACGCACGUCCAACUCCCAGAGCAGCCCAGGUCAGUACCUGACCAACGGCACCGACCCGUACAACAGCCAGCCCUACCUGUCCGGCUUCAUCUCCCUCCUGCUGCGCGCCGAGCCCUACCCCACUUCUCGCUAUGGGGCGCAAUGCAUGCAGGGGAACAACCUGAUGGGCAUUGAGAACAUCUGCGAGCUAGCUGCCCGCCUGCUGUUCAGCGCUGUGGAGUGGGCCAAGAACAUCCCCUUCUUCCCUGACCUGCAGCUCAUGGAUCAGGUGGCCCUGCUGCGAAUGUCGUGGAGCGAGCUCUUUGUCCUGAACGCCGCCCAGUGCUCCAUGCCUCUUCAUGUGGCACCUCUCCUGGCGGCCGCCGGCCUGCACGCCUCGCCCAUGUCUGCAGAGCGCGUUGUGGCCUUCAUGGACCACAUCCGGGUCUUCCAGGAGCAGGUGGAGAAGCUGAAGGCUCUGCAGGUCGACACCGCCGAGUAUUCCUGCCUCAAGUCCAUCGUGCUCUUCACGUCCGAUGCUAUGGGGUUGUCAGAUGUAGCCCACGUAGAGAGCAUUCAGGAGAAGUCCCAGUGUGCUCUCGAGGAAUACGUCAGGAACCAGUAUCCCAGCCAGCCCAACCGGUUCGGACGCCUGCUCCUUCGCCUGCCCUCUCUGCGUAUCGUCUCCUCUCCUGUCAUCGAGCAGCUGUUUUUCGUUCGCCUGGUGGGCAAGACACCCAUUGAGACAUUGCUCCGCGACAUGUUGCUCUCAGGCUCCAGCUACAACUGGCCCUACAUGCCCACCGUACAGCGGGAGCGGCCCCUCGCCCUCCACUACAAUGAGAACGGACCGUGAAGUGGAGCUCCCUUUCCUUCUCUUCGUUUUCUACAGUCUCACCUUUUCAGCUUCCCCAGAAGAAGCAUCUCCCUCACCAUUCCACUAUGAAUUCCCGAAACCCUCCUAGUUACACAGCCAACUGUUCUUCAUUGCCGAUACGAAGCCUUGGUGGCCCCGUGAAGUCCCUGAGCUGUCUACAUUUGAGAUGUGGCAUGAGCUGGACAGGUUGGUAGAAUCAGUUCAAGUACAGUUCACCAGCAGGUCUGUUGGACUCACUUCAGACGUCCGUCUCAAAACUGUGCAAACAGAAAACAUUCAGCUGAUUGCUGGUGCUAUGCCCGCACUCAGAGAGAACAAGCAUGGCAUAAAAAAAACUGAGCAAGGGGGCUUGCCAGAUGGACUCUACAGCCAAGAGCACAACGCCCAGGUGUAUAUCUACUAAUUUUAAAAACCAGAAGCCAUUAAAAGAAGACAAAUGCCAAAAUGUCUUCUGCAGAGGACACAUUGUAUUGUGUGUUAGUAGUAGCACUGUUUAUAUGGAGCGAAAAAUCAUGAUUGUGUCCAUAUGUACAGGAUAUCAUUGACUCUAAGGCAUUUUGGGGUUCAUUAAAUAAAGCUCAGGUUCAACGGGUGGGUAGAUGGACAAACACACAUCAGUACCAGCACAAGAACAUAAAGACAAACCCAGCUAUUUCUACACUUAUCAGCAACCCAUGCCAAAGCUGACAAAAGCAUAUUAUUUGGAGUUUAUGUGACAGUGUUGAUGAAAUCUUUUUGGUUUGUCUAUAAUUUUACUUGUUUGGAGACUCAGGUGGAGAGUAGGAGUUUAUAAUAUACAGUAUGUAUAUAUAUAUAUAUAU